AUGAGCGUUCAAGUCAAACUAGUUCUCCUUACGAAGGCCGCUGAGGCCCCUAUUUAUACUACAUCAAAUGGCAGUCCGGCUGUGAGGCCAGAUGGCUCUCAAAGAGAUGGAAAGAAUCUCCUGCUGAAUGGCUUUCACCUAAUUGAUCUACUAUCGCACUUUAACCGUGAGAAGAUCCCGGAACGUGUUACCCAUGACAUUUCCGACACCUACAACAUUGAUAUACUACUAGGUUUUGGGAAGAAGACCCCUUGUAUCACUCGGUUCUCUACGACGGGUCUCGAACGUGGAUCUGCCGAAUUGGUUCGAGACCCCAAAGGCAUGGCAGCCAAGUUCUUCACAGAGCAAGGAAACUGGGACUGGGUGUGUCUCAACAUUCCCAUGUUCUUCAUCCGCGACCCGGCCAAGUUUCCCGGCAUGAUGCACGCUCAGCGCCGGGACCCGCGGACCAAUCUCGCGAACCCCGAUCUGUGCGAGUUUGGAACCAUGUUCAACUAUCGUAGCAUGAGCGGAUAUGUUGGCCAUGCUUACAAAUGGGUUAUGCCGGACGGCAGUCGGAAAUACGUUCACUUCUUCCUAUCUUCUGACCGCGGGCCAAACUUUACUGAGGGCGGCAAGAUCCAGAACGUAUCUCCAACGGACCCAGACUCCGCGACAAGAGAUUUUUUCGAGGCAAUUGAACAAGGGGACUAUCCAACCUGGACAGCAAAUGUCCAAGUGGUUGACUCCAAAGACGUGCACAAACUUGGUUUUGAUAUUCUCGACCUUACCAAGCAUUGGAACCUGGGUAACUAUCCUCCGGAUUAA